UGCUUCUUUCACUUCCAGAGUUCCAGUUUCUCUGAAGAGACCAAACACACAACAAACUCAACAACUGAGAGAGAUCUUGUUUAGGAUGAAGAAGCUGGCUAGAAAACUCAGAAAGUCUCAGAACGAUGACCUCUCUCUUCCUACUCGGGACGACCCGGCUCCAAUGGACACCCAAGAACAAGAGGAAUUGGUUCGAUCCUUUGAGAAGAGCCAAGCUCAACAGAGUCGUAUGUGGAGGGCUUUAUUUGCAUCACUUCUCUUCUGCUUCGCUGCGUUUCUUAUGCACUCAAUCCAUCAGCAAGUUUCGUCUCCUUGGGAACUGCGUUUUCAUGCUUACUUCAUGGAGGAGAUGGACUCAUGGAUGAUAAUAUCUGCAGAUUGGCUAGCUGUGGUAGCAUGUUCAUUAGCAAUCAAAGGAUUACUUCAUAAUUCAAAGCAUCACAGGCGAUGGAUUUGGUUCUCGUUCCUUACUGGCAUCAUAGUCGCAGUUUUCUGGUUGUAUUACAUGUUAAGAUUGCCAAGGUUCCGCUGGGAUGUAAUCUGGCUUCCGUUUGGACCUAUAAGUGGCACUGGACUCUCUCUAUAUGUGGAUCAUCUGCUACUGGAGUCAUCAGAAGAGAUAAGAAAACUUCGUGGCUAUAUGUAUGCUUACAAAGCCAGCUGAACAUCAUCUUGGUCAUCAUUUUGCUUACAUUAUAUGUAUGAUAGCACGUAGACAUGGAAUAGACUUCAAUUUUGAAUCUGGUGCAGAAUAGAAGCAAAGAUGGAUACUUCAAUAGAACCUCCUUAGUUGCUGUACACUGAGGAUGUAGUAUGUAACAGAGAGGAAGAUUGUUAAAACUUUUUUUAUUUC